AUGUGGGCGGUUCUCACCACCAGCCUCCUUCCUCUGGCAGCUGCGGCCGCCGUUCCAGCCAUGCCGGCAGACGUUCAGGUGGCUCGUGGCAGCAGCACCAACAACGGCACUCACAAGGCCCAGGUCAUCGUCCUCGGCGGUGGUAUCUCGGGCAUCUCGGCUGCACGCUCGCUCGUGAGCGACUACAAUGUUACCGACAUUAUCCUCAUUGAGGCGCGCGACGAGCUCGGUGGCCGUGCCCACACCGACACCAUGACCAACAAGAAGGGCAAGUCGGUCGUCGUCGAGCGCGGCUGCAACUGGAUCCAAGGUCCCGGAAAGGAGGUCAUCACCGCUCUGGCCGACAAGUGGGGGCUCGAGACCAGUGUCAGCAACUACACCAACACCAGCUGGUACGAGGGUCUGGGAGUGGGGGCCGACGGCAGACACGGCAAGUGGCUGGACACGGCCGAGCAAGAAGAGUUCAUGUCUGGCUACGACACCUUCCUUGACAAUGCGCCUAGCUAUGCUGGUGGGUUGACACAACAGAAUAUAACUAACAUAUAG